UGUGCUAUUGUUCAUUCGUCCCGUGAUGGCUGCCGUCGUGGGGAAUACGUAACUUGUAGUAUUGUGGUUAAUUAAAUCGCGUGUGCUAUACGCGGUACCACCGGUACGUUCCGCGUAUUGCGUCACUAGCACUAAGCAUAUUUUCAGAAAACUUGAUGGACUCGCACAUGAGCAACGACACCUCAGAUCCAGCAAGAGCAUCAUCACGUAUUUAUGUAGGCAAUAUCAAGAAACACAUCGAGCGUGAAGACUUGCAGAAGCUGUUUUCAAAGUACGGUGGAAUACAAGGCAUCUCUCUUCACAAAGGGGGAUUUGGUUUUGUACAGUUUAAGGAAGAAAAAGAAGCUGAAGCUGCCGUCGAAGGUGAAGGUGGUGUCUUCUUUAAAGGCUGCCUGCUGCAACUAAGGGUCUGUAGCAGCCAAGAUUCUAGGCGAUCAUUUAGAGGAGGAUCCAGGGAACACGACAGGGACUACUCGGACCACAAUCGUCGACACGAAUCAGGGAUGCAGAGGGACAGGUCUCCGGUGCACCGCGACUAUGAUGAGCGGGAAUAUAAACGAGAUGACAGGGCACCCAUCGGCAAGCCAUACGACCGUUCUCCUCCCCGUCGCGGAGAUGACUACUCAUCUGAUCGACGCUUCGGAAGGGAUGAAGGACGCCAUGGUAGGGAUGCUCCUCCUUUUCGAGGGGAUGAUUACUCACGAGGAGGACCAUCGGCAGGACCACCACCUCAACGAGACCGCUAUAAUCGAGAGGACAGGUAG